AUGGUGCCGCGCAUAAUAAUCCAGAGACCAUCGAUCAGCUCUGAUGAUCUCGGUUCUCAUUGGGAGUACGCGUCGAGGGAUGAGCGGGAGGACGCGGCGGACGCGAGAUCCGUCGGUGCCCAGCAUGGCGAGAUGAGGCGACGCAGUCAGGACAGCACGUUUGACGUUGACGGCGAACAGCUGUGGCGCGCGAGAAUGAGUAUCGAUGCCGAGAUGGAGCUGGCGAGAGGCCAGAGGAUGAAGUGGUGGAAGGUGUACGCGAUGCAUUUCCUGUUCAUGUGGAAUACGAGGACGUACGAGUAUGUUUCGAUAUUUCUCGUCGCCCUCGCCUUUCCCGGGAGCCUCACGGCGACAUCUAUCAGGGGUAUGGCUUCUACCGUCUCGACCAUGAUCUUUGCUUCGGCAGUGGGCAAUUGGAUCGACAAGUCCCCCUCCAGACUACCGAAUUUGCUCACCACGAUCGGCUUGAACCACGUUGUCAUUGUGGCCUCCUACAUCUGUUGGCUCUUUUGGCCGGUCGUUGCUGGCCGUGGCGAUGAGGCUGGUGGGCCAUCUGCAGGCCCCUUCUCCAAUCUCGCAAAGGGCCUUCUGUAUACCUUCAUAUUACUACUGGACGUCGUACAUGAUCUGACUGCCAUCGCAAACCAUCUAUCUGUGGAAAGAGACUGGGUUCCCGUGCUGGUAGGACCAGAUACGAAAUACACUCUCACCGAGGUCAACGCAGUCAUGGUGCGAUUGGAGCUGGUCUGUAAACUGAUUGCACCCUCGAUGCUCCCCGUAAUCGUAAAGUCCUUCCACUCCCAGACCGGAUGGAUCUUGCUCUUGACGGGGCUUACAGUCUUCCUGUGGGCGGUGGAGGUCCAAUGCGCACGCAUGAUAUCGAGGGAGAACCCAGAGUUGCAGGUACCGAAGAAGCUGUCAAACGAUUUCGCCACGGGUGACUUGUUUGGGAUCCAGAAGCCCGGGGUCACCACCGUCGCCCAAAAGCUCUAUGCCGUCCUGUAUCACGAUCCAGCGGUCCGCCUCAGACAUUACUUCUCGAUUUCUAUCUGGCCGGCAUCGAUAUCGAUGGCGCUGCUGCAGCUCACCGUCCUGGCCUACUCGUCGACUCUCAUCACUUACUUGUUCGGCAUCGGCUUCUCGCUUGUGGCCAUCACCCUUGCGCAAGCGUCCGGGUCCAUCGUCUCACUGUCGAGUACGGUCAUUACCCCUUUCGCCGUCAAGUUCCUGCGGAGACGAUACGCCCGCGCUGCCCGAUCGGACGACGACGAAGCCGAAGACGAGGAAAAUGGAGAAGGCAAAAUUGCCAGACGAGUCGGAUUCUGGGGUAUCGCCUCGCAGUUCCUGUGCUUGAUUCCCGUGGCACUCGUCCUAUGGAGUCUCUCACCCCCACAACCGUCACUCGCAACGACGACGACGACAACCACCACCACCACCACCACAACCACCUCCUCCUCACCACCUGUCCCCCUCUCCCUCUCCCUCUCCCUCCUCCUCUUCCUCUCCCUCUCCCUCUCCCGCCUCGGCCACCACGCCUGCCAACUCAUGGUCCAACAGCUCGGCCAGGUCGAGAUCCCCAUGUCGCAGCGCUCCACCUUCGCCGGGACCGAGACCUCCUUCAAGGCCCUAGGCUCCUUAGGCCACUAUGCUGCCACGGCCGUGUGGAGCUCGAGCCGCCCUGAGGACUUUCGCUGGCUGGCUCUCGGUAGCGUGCUGGUUAUUGGGGCGGCGACGGGGCUCUUUGGGAGUUGGGCUCGGAGGAGACCGAUUGUGAGUGGUAUGAGUGGGGGGAGUGGGAGGGAGAGAGGGCAGCGCUAUGAGGGUGUUGCUAUGGAGGAUGUUGAUGGCGGUGGCGGAGGGUAUGGCGGUGGUGGUGGGGAUGGUUAUGGUGAGUACCACCACCGGGGUUGA